GGAGCAGGCAGAAGAAAUAUCCAGAGACAAGCCAGGGGACUCAGGGACAGACACAGAAUUGUUACUGAGGGACACAGAAUUGUUACUGAGGGACACACAGAAUUGUUACUGAGGGACACAGAAUUGUUACUGAGGGACACAGAAUUGUUACUGAGGGACACAGAAUUGUUACUCAGGGACACAGAAUUGUUACUCAGGGACACAGAACUGUUACUCAGGGACACAGAAUUGCUACUGAGGGACACAGAACUGUUACUCAGGGACAGACACAGAAUUGUUACUGAGGGACACAGAAUUGUUACUGAGGGACACAGAAUUGUUACUGAGGGACACAGAAUUGUUACUGAGGGACACAGAAUUGUUACUCAGGAACAGACACAGAAUUGCUACUGAGGGACACAGAAUUGCUACUGAGGGACACAGAAUUGCUACUGAGGGACACAGAAUUGCUACUGAGGGA